GUGUUCUCCACCAGCGGCUUCUUCAGGAUGGAUUGCGCCCCCGCGUUCACGUGCAAGAACAACGCGCUCUGGGUCGUGCAGGCGCAGCGGGGCGACGUCCACGGCCGUUGGUUAUCGAUCGAUGAGAGGGCGAGGCUCUGCGGCGUCGUCCCCGAGACGCUCGGCGGAACUGGCCCCUUCUCCGCAGUCGGCAUCGCCGCGAAGAUCAAAGUGCUGGGGAAUAUGAUGCCAGUGGACACUGUUGGCACGGUCCUUGCUCAGGUGAUGCAGGCGGUCGCCGUCUGGGAGGCCGUGGCGAUGUCCCCGAGCCAGGCGCCUGGCGACGGCACGGAGGGGCUGCCGCUGCAGCAGGCAGCCGUGGCGCCAGCAGCAGCUACGGCCAGCAGCAGCGGCAGCCGCAUCAGCAGCAGCGCAGGCAGCGACAGCAGCAUCCGCAAGCGGCCAGCAGCGGGCGCCCGCAUCAGCAGCAAGCGCCAGCAGAUCGUGCCGCCAUAGGUUUUUCUCUUUCAGGGCGCCGAGCAGAUCGGGCCUCAAAGAGCCUGGAAGUUCUGUUGUGCUGGGUCGGCGAGUGCAGCAGUGUUUGGGAUGGGUCGC